UAGUACCAAUCGCGUCAUUUUAUAAGCCCCCUUACGUGGCAUGAACAUCGAAAUUCUUCUUCCUCCACGUCGGCCAUUUUGACGUAAGGUGCAGCCGACAAAGCCGAUAUAAACGUCUGUCAGUGGCAUUUCCAGGGAGCAAAUCGGGUUAUUGAGACGCAAGUGAUCAACACAAGACGUCAACAUGGGUAAUAUGUUUGCAAAUCUCUUCAAAGGCCUCUUCGGCAAAAAGGAGAUGAGAAUUUUGAUGGUCGGGUUAGAUGCUGCUGGUAAAACCACGAUCCUUUACAAACUCAAGCUUGGAGAAAUUGUCACAACCAUCCCUACAAUCGGGUUCAACGUAGAAACAGUCGAAUACAAAAACAUCAGCUUCACAGUGUGGGAUGUUGGUGGCCAAGACAAGAUCAGGCCUCUGUGGCGGCACUACUUCCAAAACACACAGGGAUUGAUUUUUGUGGUAGACAGCAACGAUAGAGAAAGAAUUGGUGAAGCAAGAGAAGAGUUAAUGAGAAUGCUGGCUGAAGAUGAGUUGAGGGAUGCUGUGCUCUUGAUUUUUGCUAACAAACAAGAUUUGCCUAAUGCAAUGAAUGCUGCUGAGAUCACAGACAAACUGGGCCUGCACUCACUACGGAACCGCAACUGGUACAUCCAGGCCACAUGUGCGACCAGUGGGGACGGACUGUACGAGGGACUUGACUGGCUAUCCAACCAGUUGAAGAAUGCCAACCGCUAAAGAAGUGCAUGGAGGAGAGAUGCUGAAUCAGCACUGCUACAGAAAGAUUACAACAACAAAACAACAUUCAACUGCUGUUUGUUGUUCCUGCACCAUCACACGUGAUGUAGCCAUUAAGUGACUGACUCUGGAGAAUGCUGGCAAUACACGAUCUGCCCCCUGUAUUACCAGCACGCUCCCCUAUUGAUGAUUGUACUCCAUGAACUCUGCAUAAAAAUGAAUGGACUCAAGUCCCGAGGGCACUUGGCUACAACUACUACUACUCCUACUUCAGCCCAAAUUUAUAUAUAUUCAUCGUUUUUAUUGAUAACCUGGUUCAGUGAUUGGUUGGUUGAAUAAAUAAGUGUGCACGAUUUCUCCGCAUCAACGUUUCGAUUUGUCAACUUAACCCCCGCCCGCUCUGUAUUCUUGAUUCUUCGGCUGGUAGUCCAUAUUUUCUCCCCCGCUCAUUGGUUUGGUGUUAGUUCUUGGCCAGCUGCUCGAAAGACUGAAAUAUGUCUGGACCCUAUUUGGCCUUCACAUGUAUGUAAGCGCGUGCAGCGCCAAAGCCGAGUCUGCGUUAGCCAGGGCCGUCUCGGGCCCAACUGCACUCGGGCUACGAUGAGCAGACCGGUUCGCCGCGGCCCCGUCUGGCCAAAUUGUUUACAGUUUUUUAUACUUAUUUAACACGGCUCGGACUGGCCCCAGUGCAGUUAGUAGGAUCACGACUCUGGACUCAGCUUUGGCGUCGAUAUCAAGGGAGAAGAUUAACUCUGGCUGUAUUCGCUCUGGGCAGACCACGAAAAUGAAAAGAUUCAUUAUAUUUUUAGUAGCCUUUAAUUAUGUAUUAUUUUAGUUAUUAUCAUACAUUCCGUGUUGAGAAUUGCAUCAUCAGAUAAAUUUCCGACGUCGCCUCCUAGUUCUGUACUUAUAGGAUUAAGCCGCACUCAAAAACACUACUUCUUGUAAGCAUGCGCACCGCCAACUGUUGAAUGAUCAGUUCCGCUGUCAAUUAACUGAUUUGAUUGAUGAUUUCUUAAUUAUCUUAAGUCGUGUUUUCGCUCCUGACCCCCACCCUCGGAAAGUAAAAACAAUAAUUGUCCGCGUGAUCCGUUUUGUCGACGAUUAGCCAGUUAGUUGAUCGUUUCCCUGCAACAGAGCAAAUUGGAAAGGUGCAUGCUUCACUUAACUACCUUCUCAAUAUCACAAAUGAUAGUGUAUGUUGAUUUUUCAGAUCAAUUAUUGUUUCAAUAUUGUAUAUGAGGUUUUAAUUGGAUGCCAUUCUUGUGAAUUUCCAUGUAUUUGUGCUAAUCACAAAAAAGGUAAUUGAGAAAAUCGUAUGAAAAUAAUAUUGACUUAAAGAAAAUAA